AAAAUGACCCUAAAUUGACGUCACCGGUGUUACUAAACCAGUUGCAGACAUGAUAAUUUGUUAGCAAUCACUUCUUACAUAAAUAGAAGAUUUCGGCUUAAUCGGGCUCAGAACGUCGUUAGGUUUACAAAAUGUACGUAGCAGUGGGGUUAGUGUUGUUAAUAAUCGUGGUGCUCGCUGUGUGGACGACCUGGUUUAGGCAGAAACCUGAUGCGCCUCCUUUGAUGCCUGGCUCGCUCCCGAUUAUAGGACAUUCCCAUCUCAUUUUUGGUGACCGAAAACAUCUGUGGUACUUCAUAAAGCGUAUCAACGAAUUAUCCUUCGAACAUGGCGGAGCUUUGGAGUUUUAUUUGGGUGCCCAGAGAUUUUAUAUCAUAUCAGAUCCAGAAGAUUGCCUUACACUGGCCAACAAGUGCUAUAGCAAACCGUACAUCUACGAUUUUGCUAAGGAUUUCUUAAAUAAUGGAUUGAUUACCGCUGAAGCCAACAUAUGGAAAUCUCACCGCAAAUUAUUGAAUCCCGCAUUCAAUCAGCAAGUUUUGAACACAUUCGUUGACGAAAUGAAUAAACAGGCUCGAAAUCUUGUUUCGAAUUUGAGCAAUGAAUUGGGCAAAGAGCCUUUCGACAUCAGACACUACUUGGUCAACUUUACACUGUCUACUGUUAGCCGAACUUCACUUGGCCUGACGGAUCAAGAACAGAAGAUAAUAGACCGAGAGUAUGCGGAGGCUAUUGAAGAUUUGUUGGCUCUAUACUGCGACAGAGCUCAGAAAGUAUGGCUGCAUGUCGGAUGCGUGUUCAAAUUGAGCGCAAUGAAACGCAGACAAGACAGAUUGACGAAAACUUUGAAGAAUAUUAUUAAUCCUGUGAUAUUGAAAAGAAAGUCUGAGAUGAAGACCCAACCAGAACCUACAACUUAUGAUGACACAAAUGGUAAAUUUAAACCAGUGCUGGAUCAUAUGCUUCAAAUGGCCCAUGAGCAAAAUGUCUUCACAGACGAAGAUAUCAGAGAACACUUAGACACUUUAGUAGCUGCAUCAUAUGACACGACGUCUUCAGCUAUGACCUUCAUGCUUUUGGUGAUUGGAACUCACCCAGAAGUACAGAACCGAAUUUAUAAUGAAAUACAAGACGUACUGCAGAACAAAGAUGAUGACUUUUCAAAACAUGAUCUUCAAAAACUCGUGUACUUAGACGCUGUUGUAAAAGAAUCAAUGAGAGUGUAUACUGCUGUUCCGUUUAUGGCAAGAAAAGUUGAUGUGGAUGUUAAACUGAAAAACUGCACGCUACGUUCCAACAGUACUUGUGUUAUCGGUGCCCAUGCUCUUCAUCGCAACCCACUCUGGGGUCCUGAUGCAAACGAAUUCAAACCAGAGCGCUGGUUGGACUCCAGCACUUUACCUGAUAAUCCUGUUCUUUUUGCUGCCUUCGGUAUUGGCAAAAGAAACUGCAUAGGAAAAUUGUUCAGCAUUCUGAUGAUGAAGACAGCCCUAGCACACAUUGUUCGACAAUAUCACAUUUCUGGCAACAUCAAUAAUAUAGAAUGUGAAUUUGACGUAGUUGUUAAGCCGGUAAAAAAUCACCUUAUAGGAUUGAAACUUAGAUCUUAAAAAUGGCUGUAUCCUGAGCCUAUAAAUUAUAGUGUAAUUUAUUUAUAAGUUGUUUAAAUGUAUUUAAUUUCUAUAGUACAAUCAAGUUACUUUUUGCGUAGCUAAAACUAAUAUUAAGUAGAAUGAAAAGAGGUAUCUGUAUACGACUCGGUACACAAUGACAUGAACAGCAUAUAAGUAGCCACUGCUGACCAAAGGCCUCUUCUUGGAAGCUUGAGCAAUAAUCACCACGUUUGCUCAAUACGGGUUGGCGAUUUCAAAUAAUUUGAAGUUAUAAACCCAGGUUUCUUUAAGAUGUUUUCCUUCACCGUUUGUCAGUGGUAACCAAAUGAUCUUAGAAAGUACAUAUUAUAAAGUCAUGCAUGAAAAGUGGGCAUCUUAUGCCUCCAAUAUGCAGAGCUCCGGACCACCACGACUAGGUAAUCCAUGCUGGACUAAAAAUGAAAUGAAAGAUUUUUUUAAAGGGAAAUUUUCUUAAUAACUGAAGUGAUUUACGUACUAGAAAGGACUGAUUUCUAACUAUAACUAGACUACAGAA